AUCAAAACAAGAAUUUGCUGGCUGGUUGAAGCUUCCUAUGUGAAUCUUGUCGAUCUGCCUGGCAGCUCAUUCGUCAUUUUGGACCAAAAUUGUGGAUUUUGCGAAUUAAAUACGUCCAAACUGAUGUUUAAGUUAAGUCAGAUGGCAGACUGUGUGUCUAAGGUGGAGCUGACUGUCUCCUGUUCGAACCUCUUGGACAAAGAUGUGGGCUCAAAGUCGGAUCCUCUAUGUGUGCUGCUGCAGCGCUCCGGAAAAGACAGCUGGACUGAGCUGGGGCGCACCGAGCGCAUUGAGAACAGCUCCAGUCCAUCCUUCAGUCAGCGCUUACGUCUGGACUACCACUUUGAGACAGUGCAGAACCUCAAACUGGGCGUCUACGACAUUGACAACGCGUCCCGGGACCUCGGCGACGAUGACUACCUGGGAGGUGUGGAGCUCACCCUGGGACAGAUCGUUUCUAGUAAAACUCUGACCAGACCACUGCAGCUGAAGAAAGGGAAGCCUGCUGGCAAAGGAAGCAUUACGAUCACCGCAGAGGAGAUAAAGGACAACCGAUCUAUUCAGUUGGAGAUGGAGGCUAAAAAUCUGGACAAGAAGGACACCUUUGGCAAGUCCGACCCUUUCCUGGAGUUUUUCAAAAAAGGAGAUGAUGGAAAAUGGCAGCUGGUCCACAGAACAGAGGUGGUGAAGAACAACCUGAGUCCCAGCUGGAAGAAGUUCACCGUCCCUCUGCAGACAUUCUGCAGCAGCGAUCUGGAAAGGCCUCUCAAGGUGGAUUGCUCUGAUCACGACAGCAACGGCUCGCACGACCUCAUUGGCUCUUUUACCACCAAAGUGUCGGAGCUGCAGAAGGCCGCCUCCGGUUCACCGGUGGCCUUUGAUUGCAUCCAUCCAGACAAGCAGAAAAAAAAGAAGAGCUACAAAAACUCGGGUGUGGUCUCGGUGAAGAGCUGCAAGUUAGCCACGCAGCACAGCUUCCUGGACUACGUGAUGGGCGGCUGCCAGAUCAACUUCACUGUGGGCAUCGACUUCACAGGCUCCAAUGGGGACCCUCGCUCCCCCAAUUCUCUCCACUACCUGAGUCCGGAAGGGCUGAACCAGUACCUGUCUGCCCUGUGGUCGGUGGGGCAGGUCAUCCAAGACUACGACACUGAUAAACUCUUCCCUGCGUUUGGUUUUGGAGCCAAACUUCCUCCUGACUACCAGGCCGCCCAUCAUCAGUUUGCCCUCAACUUUAACCCGAGCAACCCUAACUGCCAAGGCAUUCAGGGCAUCGUGGAGGCCUACAGGAUGGUUCUCCCUCAACUCCGACUCUCCGGGCCGACUAACUUCUCUCCGAUCAUCAAUCACGUGGCUUCUAUCGCCUCCGGCGCCGCCCAGAGCAACAGUGCAUCUCAAUACUUUGUCCUCCUCAUCCUCACCGACGGCGAGAUCACCGACCUGGACCAGACCCGGGAUUCCAUCGUGCGCGCCUCGCGCCUACCGCUGUCCAUCAUCAUCGUGGGCGUGGGACCGGCCGACUUUAAAGCCAUGGAGCUGCUGGACGGAGACGACGGCGUGCUAAGGUCCACGGUGGGAGAGGCCGUCGCCAGAGACAUCGUCCAGUUUGUCCCCUUCCUCAAGUUCAAAGACCAGGCCCCCCUGGCGACUUUAGCCCAGUCGGUGCUGGCCGAAGUGCCCACCCAAGUGGUGUCCUACUUCAAAAUGAGAGGCCUGCAGCCACUCAAGCCCCCCGUCAAAGCGUGAAUGCCCAACGUGCCACAUACCGCCGCCUUCAAGCACUCCCGCCACAACGGACCAAUCGACUGCGCUUAAGUGAUGGCCAAUAUACAAGGCCAGGAACAAGUUUGCUUUUUUACAUUAUUCUUUUGUUAUGUUUUAAAAGAAAUACGCUGAGACCAUAUAUAAUCCUGAAAUUCACAAAUAACGGAUGCGCCCAUGAAAGAAAGUGACUAAGCGGAGGAUCGAGUCAAAAAAGGUUUCCCAAAAAUACACACAAAAAAAAAACAUGCAUAUGCAGGGAGUCCGACAGUUUUCAUCAAAAUUCUCAGAAAUGUCUUUUCAAUCUCAUAGCCUGAUUAAUUUUGAAAAGAAAAUCUGUCCAAAAAAGAAAUUUGGGACCAAAUGAGACCACAUAAAAAAACUAAACACAAUCUAUUUGUUACCCUCAGCCUCUGGAAUAUUGCCACUUUAUUUUAAUUUUGCAAUUCAUUUUCAUUCUAUUCAGUGUGGUCCUCAUACACCUUCCUACAAAUAGCUACUCUUGGACCACGGCCCGUUUCAUACUUUUAUACGCACUAGGGCUUGAGCAACUUGACACAUUAUUUUUUUGCUUCAAAUGCACAAGUAGUAUUUGUAGUCAUUUUUUUCCCCCCUCCUAACUAUGCAGCUGACGUCAACACCACGCACACCUAUGGCGUCAUCCUUUGUUUUCAUAGCAACACGGGAAGUCUAGAUGGCCAUUAGGAGAAGUGCAACUCCAGAUAUUUACAACGUAGCAUCGCUGUGCCUUGUCUUCACUUGUAUUAACCAGGAAUCAAUUAUUUUGUACUUUGAUUCAUAUUCUCACUCGAUGCUGGCAUUUUUGUUAGCUAAAGCUUAAUAGCGUUACAAUUUGCGUUGCCUUAUUUCUAAUGCCUUAAAAUAGUAAGAAUAGGGUUUGUAGCUUUUAAUAGUAACCACGCUGCUGUUGGCACCCAUGUGACCGUGGAGCCAAAAUGACAUUUCAGAAAGCGUUGUUUUGUGACAAUUAGUGUUUUUGCCACAAACACAAAAAUGAUGUAAAAUGAGCAAGUGGAAGAUCGAAUGUAAGCCAAGUGCCUUUGUCAAAAUGCUCCACAAACACGUCAACGCAACAGUGCCAAAAAAAAACGAAUUUGCUGCUGCUUAAUGCCAAACAUGUUUUAUCCCAACUUUAGAGUUAAUCUCACUGUGUAGCUCCACACGUAAAUUCACAAUGACACAGCUGGCUUUAGACAAGUUCCAAGGUGCUGUCCUGCAUUAAGACUGCUUCAACAAUGAACCCAAUAAAGCAAUAAUGCUGGAGGAAAAAAUGA